AUGAUAAGAAAAAUUUUCAUCAUUAACCAACUCAUCACAACCUAUACUAUAAGUAACGAACCACUUAGUGAAGAAGAACUUAUCAAAAAAUACCCCAAACGAGCAGAAUUAUUAAAAGCCUUAGAAAUAAAUAUCCUAAAAGGUUAUCCAAACUCUUUUACAAGUAAUAUCACAAUACUGGAACUAGAGAAUUGUUAUAAAUGUAAUGAAGAAAUUUUGUUAAAUCCACCUAAAGCAUUUAUCACACUCAUGUGUAAUCAUAUACUCCAUCAUGACUGUCUUGAAAAAAGUAAUAAAGAUAAACAAAAAACUUGUCCCAUUUGUUUUGUAGAUAAUGAAGGAACAGUAUCAACUGAA